AUGGCAGAGAUUCUACAGCCGCGAGUUUUCAGGAAGAUUCGGUUGAAUGUGAACGGAAACAAUAUUCACCAAGGAGUUGAGAAACUCGAGAGUUUAGCGAGGUUAAAUCACCCUGGACGUCGCUUUACUAGAGAACUCACGAUCUGGACUCUGUCUCCUGAAUACAAGCAGUCUUUCAAUCCGUUCAAAUUCCGGAAGACGACCAACUCCGUCAAUCAACAUCCGAAUAGUCCUCUCGAAAUAAAAACCGCCAAGGACAAAGUCCAUUCCCACCUGUACGAUGCAAUUACCUCUUUGCGUGCAGUUCAUACUGUAACGUGGGGUCCUAAUGCACAAGACGGCCAAAACGUCUACCAUAUUGUGAUGAACGCUCUCAAGGAACUUCCAGUUUUGAGACGAAUUCGACUUCAUGUUAACGAUUUUGACAUUCCCCUCCAACUGGAUUCACUAAGCACUUUAUCAGAGCUAGCAGUAUAUACACAUAGGUGCUCAUCAACGCGCCUAAGUGCAAUAGUGGACAAUGUCGCUAAGGCGGUAGUUCGUAACCCUGAACUUACCUCUAUCGAACUUGUCCUCAAUCCUGACGGAAUACCAAAUGACUCAGGACUUCCUCAAAGCUUCAGCGAGCUUCUCAAACAUCAAACAACUACCAUGGAACCUCUUCGUCUUCGCCAUAUCAAAUUGACGUCAUGUCUUUUACUACUUGACAAGAUUUGCGCACCUCACCUCACCCAUUUAACCUCACUAACCCUGUUCAAAGUAGACCCCGUCGGCCUUUGGGAAUCAUUCAUUGCCGCCGGAAUACACCUUACAGAAAUCUCCAUCGAUGGCGUAACUCACGCUUUUCUGAAAUAUCUCUCAACAUAUGUAGGCCUGAAAGAGUUACUUUUGAAACCAAAUAAUUUCACAACCGACGCUUCCAGUGAUGCCAUGGCGGAGCAAUUCUACACAGGAUCGUACCUGGAAAACCAUUUUCAGUCAUUGGAGGAAUUUGAAGUUGAUCCCCCAUAUGAAGGGCUGUGGUGCUAUGGCUCUCACAAUCAUGACAACAUCUCGAAGCUCGGUAAACUACGGCGAUUGGCGAUGAGUAUCAGGUAUAUUGAUGUGGCUAGCAACGGUCGAACUCAGACGUCUACUACUGAUUUAAAUCCUGUGGGUCGGAUUGUGAAUAUGGCGAUUCACUGUAUGCCAGAUGUUGAAAUUAUCGAGUUGGAUUCGUCUACUCCCAAUAUUGGCCGCGGGCCAUGCUGUGGAACGGGAAUGUUCGAACACCGCAAAUUAGUCUGCAAGAAAAUCGUGGAAUGUGCCGAGGAAUACAUUGCCCCAUCGUCAUGCACACGUAUUCCGUCCUUGAGAAUUGGCUCAUGGGGAAAAUUAGUGCUCAUUGGAAAGAGAAAGUCUUCCGGUGGGGAGGAAAACUCUGAUUCGACAGCGUUAGGGUAUGUUAACGUGACUCCGAAGGAUCGGUUCAACAUUCUACAAUUUUGA